CGAAUGACACUUGACCUCCAAUUCUCAUAUGUCUUGCAAGUCUGAGCACUCAAUACAAUGUAGCAAAUCACACUCUAGACAAAUAAGCACACGCGAGUACUUCGUACUACCAAAGAAUGAGCGUGUCGGAAAUCGACACUAACGCUGAAUGCGGCUCGUUGAUUAGACGACGCCAAAACGCGUCGCGUGCGCGUCCGAGCGCGACGUGCCUACCUUUUCCGCCGAACCCCACAGUUCACAGACACUUUAGUCGUCCGUCCUCCGCACGCACUCCUUCACCACUGUAGCACAUUCCUCUCGGCCAUUGUUCACCGUAUCUCAGCAUUACAUUACUUGUAUAUUAUCAUCAAUAAUGGCUAUCGCGCCCGGUCAGCUCCCGGCUGAGCUUCUCAACCUCCUCGCGCUGCACUCGUCCUUUCUUACUGCAUUAUCACUGCACUACGCGCACAAUGGCACCUCCGCCCCCGCAGACCUCCGAGAUCUCACAGCGUCCGUCACACUGGUCUGGAGACAGCGCAAAGUUACAUACGACGACAUCCGUCUCCUCAUGGGUGUACUAAACUACGGCCCCGAUGGCUCGAGCAACCCCUACCACCUCUCAGAUUACGGUCACGGCAAAAUCGUCCUCGAGAUCAGAGAAAACAGCCCGAUGUUGGACGCCAUGACAGGUGUGGACGAGCAGGCGAUGACGGACAUGUUCAAAGAGGGUCUGGACAGCCUGUGGUCACAGUGGUGCAUCUCACAGAAGACGAUCACGCGUCCGCUCGCAACGCCCAAGAAAGGCCGCGGACGCCCAAAGAAAGCCGACACCAAGCAAACCCUUCUGGAGCCCUACCUCGACGAAACCUCCCUCUCCGCGUUCCUCGCCCAGCUUCCCCUCGCCGACAUCGAAACCUGCGCCUCGCUCCACGCCAUCGCGCCCCUCCAGGAAAAAGGCCGCAAGCGCAUGCGCGACUUCAAAGAGAGCGUGCAGGCAGGCCGCACGCAGAAAAAGCGCCAGGUAUCUGGCAAAGAAAACGACCCCGAUGCGCCCGCGCCCCAGCCCAAGAUCACUGAAUUUGCUGCCGUCCGCAAAACAAACCUUCUCGACCGCAUCCUAGCCAAGCAGGAAGCGACACGCACCGGCCCUGCCGCGCCCUCCCCGGCCGCCCUGCAGCGCCGCGCGGCCCUCCAGCGCGCCGAAGAAGUCCUCGGCAUCCUGUCCCUCCUGUGCGCCAGCCGACCCGGUGCACGCGUCUCGUUCAGCACGGCGGCGGUGCUGCAGCAGCUGCGCGGCUCGAUACGCACGCCGAUUUCGCAGGAGGAGGCGCUGCGGUGCAUUGAGGUGCUUGCGGAGGUGGCGCCGGGGCAUGUGGCGGUGGUGCGGAUGGGGGCGAUUUCGAGUGUGGUGGUGGUGCCGGCGUUGAGGCCGGUGAAUGUUCGGAGGAGGGUUGUGGAGCUUGGGGGCGUAGUUCUAUCUCUGGUGUUUGUGAUGUGGUUUUGGAGCACAUGAUAUUGUUUGCCGCGUGGAGCAUUGUUUGGAGCGUACGCAUAGCCCCCGGUGUUUUUGAUUAGCGUUCUGGCGCAUCGUGGAUAGAAUAUAUCCCCUUUGAAAUGAAAACCGCCCUGUGAGGAAAACCAACAGGUGCAAUUAC